AUGCCGUCCCUUGAAGAACCCAAGAACGAAGCCCGACUGCUGCUAGUCUCGAACCGCUUGCCGAUCACCAUUAAACGAUCAGAAGAUGGAAAAUAUGAUUUCUCCAUGUCGUCAGGAGGUCUGGUCAGUGGGCUAAGCGGUCUGUCUAAAUCUACGACAUUCCAGUGGUACGGAUGGCCUGGGCUAGAGGUGCCCGAGGCAGAAAUUCCGGAAAUGAAGGCGCGCCUUAAGAAGGAGUAUGGCGCAGUGCCAGUAUUUAUCGACGAUGAACUGGCUGACCGACACUACAAUGGCUUCUCUAACUCCAUCCUAUGGCCACUGUUCCACUACCACCCCGGUGAAAUCACCUUUGAUGAGUCCGCCUGGGAGGCUUACAAGGAGGCGAAUCGCCUUUUCGCGAAGGCGAUCGUCAAAGAAGUCCAGGAUGGCGACUUGAUCUGGGUGCACGACUACCACCUUAUGCUGCUGCCGGAGAUGCUGCGCGAGGAGAUUGGCGAUAGCAAGAAGAACGUCAAGAUUGGGUUCUUCCUACACACCCCGUUCCCCAGUAGCGAGAUCUACCGAAUUUUGCCUGUCCGAAACGAACUGCUCUUGGGUGUUUUGCAUUGCGACUUGAUUGGUUUCCAUACCUAUGACUACACCCGGCAUUUCCUGAGCAGUUGCUCGCGCUUGUUGGGCCUUGCGACGACACCGAAUGGUAUUGAGUUCCAAGGCAAGAUAAUCACCUGCGGAGCCUUCCCCAUUGGAAUCGACCCUGAAAAGUUCAAGGAGGGACUGAAGAAAGAGAAGGUCCAGAAGCGUAUUGCCAUGCUCGAGCAGAAGUUCCAAGGGGUCAAGCUGAUGGUCGGCGUCGAUCGUCUGGACUACAUCAAGGGUGUCCCGCAAAAGUUGCAUGCGUUAGAGGUAUUCCUCAGUGAUCACCCGGAAUGGGUUGGAAAGGUAGUCCUGGUACAGGUUGCCGUUCCAAGUCGUCAGGAUGUUGAGGAAUACCAGAACCUGCGAGCCGUGGUGAACGAACUGGUGGGCCGAAUCAACGGCAAAUUUGGCACGGUUGAGUUCCAGCCAAUCCAUUUCCUCCACAAGUCCGUCAACUUCGAUGAGCUCAUCGCUCUCUAUGCUGUUUCGGAUGCUUGCAUUGUGUCUUCUACACGUGAUGGCAUGAACCUUGUCGCCUACGAGUAUAUUGCCACUCAGCAGAAGCGUCACGGUGUAUUGGUACUCUCCGAGUUUGCCGGUGCCGCCCAGAGUCUGAACGGUAGUAUCAUUGUCAAUCCAUGGAACACGGAGGAGUUGGCCGGUGCCUACCAAGAAGCCGUCACCAUGAGUGAUGAACAGCGCGCCCUCAAUUUCACUAAACUGGACAAAUACGUUUCUAAAUACACCAGUGCAUUCUGGGGCCAGUCUUUCGUCACUGAACUCACUCGCAUAUCAGCUCAUUCUGCUGAUAAGUUCCAAGCGAAGAAAAUCGCCCUUGCUGAUAACAACGGCAGCGAUAGCGAUGUCCCUGAGCCUGUAGAAGUUGAAUAG